UUCAGUUUUGCAAUAUUUUGAUUAGUUUAGCUGCAACAACAUUUCUGCAAAAUGUGAAAUGACUGUUCCAAUUUACCCCCUUUGACAGUACCUACUGAAAUGCUUCUCAGUAAAAAUAUUUACUGUUAUGAAUCCAUUUCCAGGUGACAUGGAAAAUCAAGAUACUUGUCACAUUCGCUUCAUCUGAUUGCCCUCUCUGCUAAAAUGAAUUCUCAAAAUUUUCUUCUUAUGCCUCUGAGGCUUGCAAUAAAUAAUGUGAAAUGUGCUGGUAAAUAUCCAACUUCCAAUGAAAUCAGACAAAUUUCUUUGUCAGCACAUAUGAAUCAAUGGUCUGUUAUAAAUUCAAAACGCUUACAUAAAGAUGUCAAAAUUGAUCACAAAUAUUCAAGUACUACUAAGAAUUGCCUUCAAAAUUCCAAUUUCCUUGGAAAUUGUCAUAACCUGCUCUCCUGCAAUACCAGGCUACUUACUCAGUGUCGGCACAAUAGCUCCUAUAUCCCAGAUUUUCUGAAGGGCUGGAGUGUCUCUGCUGCAUCAUCAGUGUCCUCAAAUGCACCUACAAAUAUUCCUGAACCUCCUCCUUCCUUGGGCCUGGAAAAGUACAUCUUACAAACACAUGAUGCCACUCGGGAAACAUUACAUAGUUCCUACUCCACAACCUUGAACUCAUCUAUCCAUGAAAAGCUUUCUUCUGAGACACACAAUUUACCUUCUUCUGAAGUUGACAGUAACUUGAACUCUACUCUUACAAAGUUGUCUAAACUUUCCACUGAAAUUAAAGGUCCUGAAGCUUCCCCUGCCACUACUGAACACAUAAAGUUACUCUCUACCUCUACAUCUCCUGAUGGAUCUCAGCCUGCAGGAGUAUCAUCAUUCAUGUUUGAUUCUUCACAAGCACAUUCAAAUAUCACAGUUUCUUUGGAUUCAAGCAAACCUUAUGUUGAAUCUAUAACGUCUUCAACUUCUGAUGUGGUAAAUUCAUCUGUUAAAAGUAAUUUGAGCUCUAAAUCUCCACUUUCUUCUGAGGCAGUUGAGUCUAAUCUUAUCCCUGAUAUCAAAAGUUCAUUGGUCAAUUCAUAUUCUGGAAAUUCAAUCUCAGUUCCACUAUCUGGAACAGAUUCUAAUGUUCCUUUCUCGUCAGAAUCAACUCAUAGCUAUGUGUCAGACCAGUCUGAAUUUGUUAAACAACCUUCAUCAUUCCCUGAUAUCUCUUCAACUGAAAUAUAUUUACCGUCAAAAAACAAAUGUUCUACUGAGGCGAAUACAUCUUUUGAUAAUAAUCCAUCACCGACUCACCCAAACAGUCAACCUGAAACAUUCUCAUCUGAUCAGGUGUCUCCUUCCUUAACAAAUAUUUCACCAUCUUCUGCUGUUGACCUUCCUUCUAACUUCUCUUCUCCUUUACCCUCAACAUCAGAUGCUUCCUCUCAUAUUACCACUUCUAGCAAUGAUGAAAUUGCAACCCCAGAAUUAGGGAAUUAUUUUUCUUCUUCUCCCAACUCCUCUAACGCACAGUCAGAGACUCUCAUCACCCCUUCUGUUGCUGAUAAUCUUAAUGAAAAACUUGGAGCUGGACCCGUGGCCGGCACUGGAGCUGGACCAGUGGACGGUAUUGAGUACAUCCCUGUGCCGCCCCCGCCCCUGGACGCCGUCAUCGAGCCUGCCGUCCUUAACAGCCUGGGGGAGGCAACCUUAACCUCGCUGGGGUUGGGGGGAUGGGGCCCCGUGGGGCUCAUGCAGCAGUUCAUUGAAUUGAUUCAUGUUCAUUGUGGGCUGCCUUGGUGGGGCGCUAUUGCCGCAGUGACUGUAGCGUUCAGGCUGCUGAUGUCGCCGCUGGUGCUGAUGGCUCAGCGCAACGCUGCGCAGCUCCACAAUGUCAGUCCGCAGAUGCAGGUUCUGCAAAUGAAAAUCACGGAAGCACGCGAGUCUGGGGAUCAGCUGCAAGUGUCUCGCUACACCAACGAGCUCAUGGUGUUCAUGAAAGAGAAGAACGUCAAUCCCUUGAAGUCCAUGAUUGUGCCUAUAGCUCAGGCGCCAAUCUUCAUCUCCAUGUUCGUUGGCCUGCGACGCUGCGCUGCGCUGCCCGUGGCGAGCUUCACGACCGGCGGUCUCUGGUGGUUCUCUGACCUCACUGUCGCCGACCCUUACUACAUCCUGCCAAUACUCACCUCCAUCACCAUGUACGCCACCAUCAAGAUUGGCACUGAGGUGGGCCGUGUACAGGCAAGUGGCGACUCGAGCAGGAUAAUGUUUGCGGUGCUGGAGUUUAUGCCGCUCGCCAUGCUGCCCUUCAUGAUCAAAUUCCCGGCCGCGGUGCUGUGCUACUGGAUGUCCAGCAACCUGGUGUCUCUGGGCCAGGCUGGUCUGCUCCGCGUUCCGGCGGUGCGGAAUUUCUGCAAAAUCCCUCAAAUGAACAAAUAUAAUUCGAAUUCCCUCCCCAUGACCGAGAAGCAGAAGAAGAAAACUGUUGUAGAAGCUGUCAAAGACUCAUGGAAGAACUUGAAAGUGACGCGUGAGGUGCAGGACCGACUUCGCUACGAUGAAAUUCGCUUUGAAAAAGCCGGAACAGGGCCCGUAGUCCGCACCUUCAAGUACGACCCCACUAAGACGUCCAAGAAAUCCGGACCUGUGAAGGCUCCCAUCAAAGUUAAAGCUUCAAUUAAACACUAAAUUUACCAAAGCUCAAUGUUAUCAAUCCUCAUUUAAAAAUUUUCAAUGAUUAAAGCCACUUUUCUGCGCUAAAUGAUAAAAAAACAUCAAUUUGCAUACAAAAAUUUCGACGGUUGAAGCGUCGGUUAAAAAUUAAUUUGAUAUUGUCCUCGUGUGAUUUUUGUUUGUAUGUGCAUUCCUCUUUUUCUAUUAAAUGCACAAGUUAUUAUUUAAAAGCAACUAUUCACAUUCGAGACUUAUAAAAAAUAUCAUGGUAUUCACUGUUGGUUUCUUAGUCCAGUCACUCUUAAACUUAGACAUUUUCAAGUUUACAUGUACAUAUGUGGAUAAUUUUAUAUUAUGUCCAAUUUCAUCCAUUAUGUUAACCCAAAGUUGCAUAUUCAUGACUCAAUUUAACACUCGAAUUGCUGCUUCCAGAUUUGACUUGAAAUUUACCCCGCAGUGUAUUAGCCAAAGCACCCAAGAGUUACAAAAAAUUAAUGACGACACAUCUUCAUGUCUAAUGAUUUUUUAUGCACGCUAGAUCGACGAAUCAGAUCAUUAACUUAUUAUUUUUUAAAGAAGCUUUUCUUCUGAGAAAAAUAACAGUCAAGGUGAAUUUUCGAUCUCAAGAAAUGGUAGUUCAGUAAAUUAAAAUUUCAUUUGAUUGUAUUCUGCUAGCCGUGUUGUUGCCUAGGCGGGUGUAACUUGCUUGGAUCUCAUUUCAGUUUGACGACAGAAAAGGCACUGGAUUUCAGUUCAUGUUUAAAUUGGAGUGUAAGCGUUUAUUUAUUCCAACUGUUAAAUAAAUUUGUUUACACAAAUAUUGUUGUUAUUUGUCUCGA